CUUAAUUCUCAUAGACUUUCUUAUUUUUUAUACUCAUUCGCUUUAAACAAACAAAUAGUUGAAACAAAGUCUCAUUUCCUUCCUCAAAUGUCAUUUGCUAAACAAUCCCUCAUCGGUAUUGAUUUUCCCGGCUUGCCCUUGUGAUUUUUCAGCAAUUAAGUUGAGUAUUGAGUAUGGAUUGCUUCUCCCUUACUUCUACUCUUGCCUAGCAGCUGAAAGGGGUAAUCACCCCACCAAACUUGGGACAUUCACAUCUACCCAUAAAGCUAUUCUUUCUUUGGUAUGACAAACUGUUCCUCACUCGGAUCUUCCUUUCUCUCUUCUUUUUGUUUUUCAAUAUCUUGGCUUAAGACAAAGUGAAGUAGGUUUGUUGACAAAAUUAUGGGUUCUGGAUUUUGGUUCAAGACGAUAAUUACCAGAAAGAAGGUGAAGCUUGAAAAUUCAAAACAAUCAAAGGCAUCAUCCGCUUUUAACAAGCCAGCGGGAUCUAAAAUAAAUAUCCAAUCUGAGAAAAAUAAUGAUAAUCGUAGUCAGGUUAUCAGUAAGAAAAAUGGUGCGCUUGUGAAACUCGGUGAAGAUGUUGCAGCAACGAGGAUACAAACUGUCUUUAGAGCCUACAUGGCGAGGAAAACCGUACGUCAUAUGAAAGGGAUGAUAAGAUUCCAGAAACUUGCACAGGCUCAAUCUGUUAAAAAGCAGUCUAACAAUACAUUAAAUCAUCUUCAUUCGUGGAGUAUGGUACAGACUCAAAUCAGGGAACGACGCCAGAAUAUGGUAACUGAAGGGCGUCUCAAACAAAAAAGACUGGAGAAUCAGUUGAAGCUUGAAGCAAAGCUUCACGACUUAGAGGUGGAAUGGAAUGGUGGUGCCGAGACAAUGGAGGAGAUUCUAGCAAGGAUACAUCAAAGAGAAGCAGCAGCAGUGAAGCGCGAGCGUACUUUGGCUUAUGCAUUCUCUCAUCAAUGGAGGGCAAAUUCUAAUCAAAAUCUAGGCUCCAAUGCUUUUGAUCUGGAGAAAGCUAAUUGGGGAUGGAGUUGGAAGGAGCGGUGGAUAGCUGCUCGCCCAUGGGAAAGCAGAGUGCCUUCUCAGUUAAUCAGCGUUGAGAAGGGGCAAGCUAAGCUUGCAAGCAAGGCUCGGAAAAUUAGCAACUCUACAUCUACACAAAAACCAGAUUUUAAAUCAACAGUGGUGAAUGGUAAGGCACCUGUAAAAACGAGGAGACUGUCCUACCCUGCAGCCAAAAAAACAACUGAACAAGUAUCAAACACUAAUGUGCAAGAAGCAGCGGUGAAGAGGCGUGAAUCUGUGCCUUAGGUCUAAAGGUGCAGAUUGUCGAGCGUUCAUGUACAACUUCGAAUGGCUUCCAUGAAAAGAAUGCCUUGAAUCCAUGUGUUUUAUUUUCUUUUACGUUUGUCUUCCUUUUUUUGUAAAUGAAGCUGAAGAGAAUGUACUAUUUAUAAUGUAAAUAGACAUCAUUGUUUUGGACACAUUUCAUGAGCAUUGAGCUGUAGACUAGUGGAUGUAUUGUUUAAUGCAGUUGGUUGCUUGUUAUCCUCUUUAUAUGGUCUCCAACUGGAAUAGUGUUGGGAAAAAUAAGUCUUAUCAUUGUCAUCAUCUUACCCAGUGUAACUCAUAAAAAAACUAUGAACAGGGUCUGGAGAGAGAAGGACGGCGGCAACUCAUACCCAUAAAGGAUAGCGCGGCCAAAGGAGUUCCCCAGCUCAAGAACGA